AUGACAACACAAAACGCUACCACCACUACCAUGUUCCCCGCACACGAACCAUUCAUUCCUUUUGAAUUUGCCCUGCCACCUACACAACAACAACAACAACCCAACAUUGAUGAUCCAUUCCUUCUUGACAUGUGGCUAUUGGAUGAGUUGCAACGUGCUGGUGUCUUGACACCUGAAUCAACAACAUCAGCACAAACACCAUCCUCAUCAUCAUCCAACAUGUCACCACCCCCCACAACGCCAUCUGAUACAACGCAAUUGUUCCCUGCAUCACCACCUUUGACACCUAUCAAGGAUGAACCUUCCUCCACUUCACCCUCAUCGCCACCACCAACAACAACACCACAACAUCGACGUUUGUGGCCUGUACCUAUUAUGCCAAAGACCACCACCACCAUCAUGCCUACCAUUGCUCAUGGUAACAACAGCAACAACCCAAUGUCAUCAUCCUGCAUGAAACGCAAGACCUCCCUUCUAUCUCACGACUCAUCUGAAGAAUCAGAAGAAGUAGUACGUAAACGCCAACGUAAUACGGAUGCUGCACGUCGAUCACGGAUGAAAAAGAUGCUCAAAAUGGAAGCACUUGAGAACCGCGUCAACGAAUUGGAGAAUGAUAAUGCACGUCUUACAACACGCGUGGCUGUGCUAGAGUCUGAAAAGAAUGGUCUUGAGACCAAGGAUAUCGAUUUGCAGGAAAGGAUCAAAGCACUAGAAGAACAACUGGCUGAGGCACAUAAAGCCCUCACUGGUAAAUGUGCUGCUCAUUAG